GGCAGUAAAAUCAAUUGGCGAAAGUACGUUGAAUACGAGUUUCGAAUAAAAGUGAAAAUAUUAUGUCUGUAGCUGCAUUCAACAUUUUAAUUUUCAUCACUAUCUUGAAUGUCAUGAAAUUGUCGCAUUUAUGUGGUGGUUCACCUUCAAAUGAUAGCAGUGCAAACAAUUUCCCAGAUAGAAUGGGAAUAAAUUCGCAACGGUUGGGAAACACACAACGUAAAUUCGUAGCCAAUGUUAAUUCUUGCACAAGUUAUAAUCAAACAUUUUGUUUAGAAUGGGCUGAUAAACAUCCUUAUGUGGAUGAUAUGGACGACGAAAUACCAUUCGUAAUUGAUAUGAAAGCAUCAACUCACGACGAUGAAGACAAUUAUUUUCAAUACGUUAUUUCAACUAAACAGUUAUUAAGAAACGCGGCUAAAUAUUCCAAUAUAUGCGCUGAUGGUACAUACAGAGUAGUCUUUUUUGGCUAUCCUCUAUUGGUUGUUGGUUCUAUCGAUUCAAACCGUAGCUUUCAUUUGAUUGCUGCUUCACUUUGCGUAUCUGAAAAAACUACUGAUUAUGAAUUCCUAUUUGAAGCAAUAAAAAAGGGAGUGAAUACAGUGACGAAUGAGUCUUUUAUGCCAGACAAAAUGAUUUCAGACGCCGCUCCAGCCAUUAUCAAUGCAUUUUAUAAGAUUUUUGCAGACAGUGCACAAGCGAAUGUUAUUUGCUGGGCUCAUGUGAAGAGAAAUGUGUGUCAAAAAACGAAUAACGAAGAUAUGUUAUCGGAUAUAUCUAAACUGCAAUUGUCGUAUAAUUCAUACACUUUUGAGCGAGGAGUUAAAUUGUUUAUGAGAAAGUGGAGAAAAACUGAGAAAUCUUUUUGUGAUUACUUCAAAAAAGUUUGGCUAGAUAAAAAUUCAUCAUGGUAUGAAGGCUACCUCAGUUCCUUUCCGUCAACCAACAAUGCAUGUGAAUCGCAUAACGACGUCAUUAAACGAAAAUACACAUUCCGCCGCCGAUUGAGUAUAAUUAAAUUUAAUGAACAACUUUUCAAAUUAUUCAAUGAUUUUUCGGUAAGCUACAACAUUAAACGAUCGUAUGCAAUGACACCUUCAAUCGAAACCAAUAUAUGGACGAAUGGCAUUGAAUGGGCGAAAAGCAAAGAGAUAAAUGUAAUUCUCGGCAAACGAAAUGACGACACACAACUAAUGUAUAUUCCAUCGUCGAAAUUUGUGAUAGAAAAUAAUAGAUUUUUACUCGAAACGGAUGUAGAUGACCUCAAAUUUAAUAGAAACAAUAAUUUUGACGAAUUUUUUGAAAAUGUUUUUAAAAUUUGGAUUGUUGAAUUUAAUUUAAAUGACUGGAAAAAUUCGAAUUGUACUUGUCACUCAUUCAUGAAACUUUUUUAUUGUAAACAUGUUAUUGGAUUGAGCCUAAGAUUUGGUAAGGUAAAAGCACCAGCAGUCGCCAACCCAGCUACGCUGGGUGAAAAAAAGAAAAGAGGUCGGCCAAAAGCCACACGAAAGGCAUUAAUUAGACAGUAAUAAUAAUAUAAAAUAAAUUUCAUUCUGUAAAAAUCUUGAAAUUCUUAA